AUGUCAGAAAAGAGCCGACUACAAGCUGAAAAGACUGAGACCCCGAACAAGGACAAGGCCUUCGGGGUUGAGCUAGCAGUACAAUUCAGUACAAUAUCUUGGAGUAGUGGAUGGGGCAACUGA